AUGCAUUCGCGGAACGAGAGUCUUGCUGCAUUUUCGCUACUUGCUGACAGCGAUCAGAGCGACGUCGAUGCUCUCUGCUGCGCUGUGGCCAAGCAGUGUCGAGUGGAGUCAAGCCAGAUACAAGACAUCCUACCCUGUUCGCCCUUCCAGCGUCACGUCGUAAAUCGAGCAGCGAACGACCCUCAAAUUGGCAUUGGCCAGACAUGCCUCGAAGUCUCCGAGCAGAUCGAUUCGGAACGCUUGUUUGCAGCUUGGAGCGAUGUCGUUCGCUUGACCCCGGCUCUGCGCUCUCGCACAUUCACAGCACCCUCUGGAAAUCAUCUACAAGUCACUCUUUCCGAGAACAUCAGUUGGAAGUCCGUGACCUCGCCUCUCGGGGAGGUUCAAGCUGAAGAAAGGGCAUCUGCUGCCGUACCAGGAGCUCAAUGCAACAGAUACGUCCUUGUCAGCAACCCGAACGCUCACCAGAGGACUCUGGUUUGGACCUUCAGCUACGCCUUUGUGGACAACGCGUUCCAGAAUCAGCUAAUCCGGAAUGUACUGGCGGUCCACGAUGGCGAGCAGAGUCAGACUUCACCCGGGAUGAAGGAGCUACUUCGACAGAUUGCCACUUUGCAGGGAGUGAGUGAGUCUGCUUGGCCGCAGGAGAGCAAUGUGGAAGGUACAUCAUUUCCGCCCCUGCCGACCACCUUGACAACGCCUCGCCCCAUCGCAAGCGCGAGGCAUCGAAUUCCAUACAAGGUUUCAGCGCUGGAGACAUGGCCCGCCGCGAUGGUCUGUCGAGGAGCGCUCGCGGCGCUUCUCUCGCGUUAUGCGCGCGUCUUAGAUGUGUUGUUUGACGUCGUGGUAGAGCGGCCUGUCAUACUUCCCACCUGAAAGUCUCCAAUUGAUGGACCAACGAAAAGCAUUCUGCCGUGUAACGUGCACUUGAAUCCUGAUCAAUUGCAAUCAGAUCUAAUGCGAGAGAUCCUAGCCCAGGACGCGGCAAUGCACAGGUUUGAGCAGGCCGGUCUAAACGACAUGGGGCCUCGCACACGCACUACAGACGCUACCAUUGUUCCUUCUCAAACUGUACUGGCCGUCACUAGCUUUGAAGACGGUCAAGAGCGCAACAACCGCCUUCGCCGAGCGGUAUCUGGGGAUCACACCUUCGUGCCUUACACGGAUCGUGCCCUCUUGCUUGAAUGUCAAGUGAGCGAUGGAUCGAUGACGCUAUUUGCUCAGUAUGAUCCGAACGUGAUGGAUGAAACUGGGCUUCGUCGUUUCCUGAGACAGCUUGGUUGUAUGAUAGACCAGUUCCGAGGCGGCGACUUGCCUGUGCGAGAUCUCGAUGCCAUGACAGAGGAAGAUCAAGACGACAUUCGCAAAUGGAAUUCUACUCCGCCCACGACAAGUUUGGACUGUAUUCACGAUUUGAUCGCCAGGUGGGCAGUCCUAUCACCACAGAAUCCCGCUGUAUGUGCAUGGGACGGGGACCUCAAGUACGGUGAGCUGGACGACGCUUCUUCUCGCCUCGCUCUGCACAUCGAAAGCUUCAACCUUGAGGCGGAAUGCGUGAUACCACUCUGUUUUGAGAAGUCUAAGUGGACGAUAAUCAGCAUGUUGGCUGUUCUCAAAGCUGGUGCGGCAUUCACCUUGAUCGAUCCUUCAGUUCCAUUGGGAAGAAUUGAAGGUAUCUGUCAGCAGAUAUCCCCACAGUUGGCUCUUGUUUCUGAAGACCAGCGUCAAACUAUGGAUUCUCUCGCGCGGCGCUGCAUAGCUGUGAACCAGGACUUACUCCACUCUCUACCUCCCGCAAAGCCCGGAUCGCAUGCCGUUUCGAAAGCACAAGAUUUGGCCUAUAUCAUAUUCACAUCUGGUAGCACAGGAGAGCCCAAGGGCACCAUGGUCGAGCAUCGAGGAUUAACAUCAUAUGCUCCCGCAUUUGGUCCGGCCUUUAAGAUGGACCAGAAUACCCGUACUCUCCAAUUUGCCUCAUAUGCCUACGCGGUUUGCCUAGCUGAGAUGUUUGGAGCUUUGUUCACUGGUGGUUGCCUCUGUAUACCUUCAGAAAAUGACCGCGUCAAUGACAUUGCUAGUUUUAUCCGGAGUAGCAAAGCGAAUUUCGCGGCUUUCACACCAUCGUUCGUUGGAUCUAUUCAACCCGAGCAUGUGCCCUCUCUGGAAGUGUUGAUGUUGGCAGGGGAGCCAAUGACACCGGAAACGAAGAAUUCGUGGGCAGGGCAUGCUCAGCUCUUGAAUGCCUGUGGUCAGAGCGAAUGCUUGCUCUCAAGUAUUUGCACCAUCGAUGCGGACACUCCCGAUGUGCGUGUCAUUGGUCGAGGCUCAGGCACUCGUCUCUGGAUCAUUGAGCCUUCCAACAGCGAUCGCUUAGCGCCUGUCGGCUGUCCCGGAGAAUUGAUGAUCGAAAGUGGCGGAGUUGCUCGCGGAUAUCUUCACCUUCCAGAAGCUGGUGCCUCCAAGUUCUACGCCAAGGCCCCAUUAUGGUAUUCUGGAUUGUGCGAACCCCGAGACUCCGUCAAAUUCUACAGAACCGGAGAUAUGGCCUGUUACCAGUCCGAUGGUAGCGUGUUACAUCUUGGACGUUCAGAUCUACAGGUCAAGAUCCGCGGCCAGCGGGUUGAGCUUGGUGAUGUGGAAUGUAAUUUCCGGAAGAUCUUGCCUCCUGAUGUCACUCCUGUGGUCGAAAUCGUCAAGAGAGCCCCUCACCGCGAGGUGCUAGUGGCGUUUCUCGUUGGGCCGCUUAAUACGGGUUCCUCAUGCAUGCCAACAGAUUCCGAGGCGUUCACUGUCGACGAUGCGACUGCUUCUCGCUUCAAUGGGCAAAUGGGGACCCAAGUGGGCCGGCACGCGAUUCCAUCAUACUAUGUCUGUCUGAAGAAGCUACCUACGACCGCAACCGGUAAGACCGAUAGAAAGAAGCUCAGGGCAAUCGGGCACGAGUUACUUGAGGAUCGGGAACAAGAUGCUCUGAAAAAGCCCGAGGAGCCGCUUCCGGACGACGGCCCCGAAUUAGCCAUGGCGCAUCUCUGGGCUCAAAACAUGCCCGUCAACGCUGACUCUAUUGGCCUGCGAGACAAUUUCUUCGAUUUGGGUGGAGACUCCAUCGUUGCGAUUCGAAUCGUCAACAAAGCGCGAGCGUCGGGAAUGCCGCUGAAGGUGGCGGACAUUCUCCAGAACCCUGUGCUUUCCGACCUUGUUGCUGUCGCUAAGCAGGAGUCGACUCAGCCGAAUGAAGAGGAAGCAAUUCCUGUCCAGCCUAGAGACUCGAAUGAAGCAGAGCUAUCGUUCUCCCAGAGGGGACUUUGGUUUCUGGAGCAGCUUAAUCCCGGUACGCCGGCGUACAAUGUGUCGAUCGCAGGACGCCUGCGCGGGAUUCUCCAUAUCAAUGCUCUACAGGCCGCUCUUCAAGCGGUAGAAAAACGGCAUGAGACACUACGUACCACGUUCAGCGAGCGCAACGGCGUGCCAGUGCAGGUCAUUCAGCCAUGUCGUCCGAUUGAAGACACGCUACAACUGAUUGAUAUCGCGACUGACGUGGACCUGCAAGAAGAGCUACAUCGGCAGCAAGUCACUGCCUUCGAUCUCCGCUCCAGACCACCAUGGAGGGUGGCAUUGCUGCGAAUCAGUUCGGAAGAGCACGUUCUCUCUAUCGUCAUGCACCACAUCAUCUCCGAUGGCUGGUCGGACGACAUCCUUCGUCGCGACCUAGCAGCCUUCUACUCUGCCGCCAUUGCGGACCGCGACGUUCUUACACAACUCGAGCCGCUGCCCAUUUACUAUCGCGACUUUGCCGCCUGGCAACAACACGCCGAGCAACAGGCCGAACAGCAGAGCCAAUUGCAGUACUGGACUAAACAGCUGGCAGAAAAUACUCCUGCCGAGCUGCUUAUCGAUAAGCCAAGACCAGCGCUACCGUCAGGUAAGGCUGGCAUGGUAGGCGCCAUUGUGGAAGGGCCACUGUACAAGAGUCUCCAGGAAUUCUGCAAACUUCGGCAGACAACUCCGUUCGUGGUCCUACUUGCUGCAUUCCGCGCCGCCCAUUACCGACUCACAGGUGCGGAGGAUGCUACAAUAGGCACUCCCAAUGCAAGUUGCAAUCGCUCCGAAUUGGAAGACCUCGUUGGGUUUUUCAGCAACACACAGUGCAUACGAAUCAAACUUGAAGGCGAGACGUUUGGAGAGCUGGUACAACAGGUGAAAGCGUCUGUCACGGCGGCACUUGCACACCAGGAUGUACCUUUCGAAAGGAUUGUCUCAGAGGUGCUUCCAGGCUCCCGAGACGCCUCUCGAAAUCCUCUGGUGCAGCUCAUGUUUGCCGUACAUUCGCAGCCAAAUCUCGGCGAAAUUCAUCUCGAGGGCCUCGUAGGAGAAGCGCUGCCUGGCACAGCGUCGACACGAUUUGAUUUGGAAUUUCAUCUGGUUCAAAGGGCCGAAGAGAUACAGGGACAGGUGCUCUUCGCUGAAGAGCUUUUCGAGCCCGAGACAAUUCACGCCACUGUGAGAACUUUCAUUGAAAUUCUACGUCGUGGUUUGCAGGAACCCGACGUUCCGGUCUCCUCGCUUCCAUUGACGGAUGGUCUUGCGGAGCUUCGAAGCAGGAGCCUACUCGAUACACCACAGACGAGUUAUCCCCGCGACUCGAGCAUUGUGGAUGUCUUCUCCGAGCAGGUCGCAGCACACCCACACGCGACUGCAGUGAAAGAUUCGUCCACUGAAAUGACCUAUACCGACCUGGAUCACAAGUCGGACAUGCUUGCCACUUGGUUGCGUCGGCGCGGCUUCGCAGCGGAGGCCUGGAUCGGCGUGCUAGCCUCGCGAUCGUGUCAGGCUAUUGUUGCAUUUAUCGGCAUCCUGAAGGCGAAUCUAGUGUACGUUCCGCUGGACGUGGAUGCUCCCCAUAACCGAAUAGAGGGCAUCCUAUCCUCAUUCCCGGCACGCAAGCUCGUUCUUCUUGAUGCCGACGUUCGGGCUCCCGAGGUCUCUACCAACGAUGGUAUUGAGUUCGUACACAUAGCCGAGACUCUUGAGCAAGUGGACCAGGGAGUUAUUCCGGCGGCUGAUACGCGGCCGUCCGCGACGAGCCUAGCAUAUGUCAUGUUCACAAGUGGCUCGACGGGCAAGCCCAAGGGCGUUGCUAUCGAGCAUCGUGGCGUGGUUCGCUUGGUCAAACAGACCAACGUUUUGUCUCAGCUACCUUCUGGGCUCAAGGUCUCUCACCUGUUCAAUAUCGCAUUCGACCUCUCGGUUUGGGAAAUUUAUACGGCGCUUCUCAACGGAGGAUGUCUAGUUUGCAUCGAUUCAGCUACGAAAACGGACACUCAAGCUCUCGCGCAGAUGUUUGCACGGGAGCAGAUUCAAGCAUCCAUGAUGCCGCCAGUGCUUCUCAAGGCUUGCCUUGCGAGCUCGGCUGAGAUUCUGAAGGGCUUGUCAGCAUUCUACAACGGCGCCGAUCGAUUCGACAGUCAUGAUGCGGCUCUCACUCGGAAGUUAAUGUCGGGAAGGGUAGUGAAUGCGUACGGACCCACCGAGAACUCUGCACUUAGCACCAUUUUUGACGUACAAGCAGGUGAUUCCCUGAUCAACGGAGUGCCAAUUGGAGAGGCGAUAAGCAACUCGGGAGCGUACGUUAUGGAUGCGAAUCAACGUCCCAUCUCAAGCGGAGUGAUGGGAGAGCUUGUGGUCACCGGUGAUGGAGUAGCACGAGGGUACACGGACCCAAGCCUGAAUCAAGACCGAUUCGUCGAGGUCGAAGUUGACAAUAAACGAAUGAAAGCAUACCGCACUGGCGAUCGCGUACGGUACCGACCCAAGGAUGGCCAGAUCGAAUUUUUCGGGCGGCUGGACAGACAAAUCAAAAUACGCGGAUUCCGAAUCGAGAUGGCAGAGAUUGAACACGCGAUGCUGAAGCACGAUGAAGUUGAUGAUGCCGUAGUUGUCAUCAAUCAGCGCGAAAGCGAGGACAUAAACGCCGAUCUAAUCGGGUUCAUCACCACGCAAGAUGAUACCACUGCUUCGCGAGAAGAGCAUACUAGCAAUCAAGUCGAGAGCUGGGGCCAGCAGUUCGACAACAACUUCUAUGAGGGCAUUGAGGAUAUCGAUCGCUCUAUUCUGGGCAGCGAUUUUCUCGGCUGGACCUCAAUGUAUGACGGCAGCAAGAUUGAUCGAUCGGAGAUGCAGGAAUGGCUCGAGGAUACCAUGCGGACAAUGCUCGAUGGACAGGCGGCUGGCCGGGUACUCGAGAUUGGUAGCGGUACCGGCAUGGUGCUCUUCAACCUGGGAGACAGGCUCGAGAAUUACGUCGGGAUCGAUCCCUCGGAACAAGCAGUCAAGUUUGCCACGGAAAAGAUGAAGGAGAUACCAGGUCUUGCAGAAAAGGUUCAAAUUCACGUCGGCACAGCGGCGGAUAUCAGCCGGAUCGACACCAACCGCUCAGAGCUGGUCGUUUUGAACUCUGUGGUCCAGUAUUUUCCUUCGCCGGAAUACCUGUUGGAGGUUGUUGAGACCAUUGCCCGACUCGGCUCCGUGAGACGGAUAUUCUUUGGCGACGUGCGAUCUUAUUCUCUCAAUAGACAAUUCCUCUUGACACGGGCGCUGUACAAACUUGGAGAAAAAGCGAGUAAGACGAGUCUCCAGCGGGAGAUGGCUCGAAUGGAGGACCGUGAAGAGGAACUGCUCGUAGACCCGAUCUUUUUCACAGGGUUACGGGACCGGAUGUCAGAUUUGAUCGAGCACGUGGAGAUUUUGCCCAAGAUGAUGGAGGCCACAAACGAGCUCAGUGCAUACCGAUAUGCGGCUAUUGUGCAUGUUAAGCGUCCGAGUGAGCCGGUGCGAGAGGUGCAUGGCGUUCGGCAGGAUGACUGGGUCGAUUUCUCUGCUCGUCAGAUGGACCGAAAUGCUCUUGGUCGGCUCCUCGAGGAUUGUGGCAAUGCCUCUUUGGUCGCAGUCGGCAACAUUCCGUACGGCAAGACGAUCUUAGAGCGGCACAUUUUAUCAGCGCUUGAGGAAGAAGAGGAGCCAGACGCGAAUGGUCAAUUGGGCUGGCUGUCAAUGGCUAAAGACUCUGCAGAUCGUUGUCCAUCGAUGUCUGCUGCGGAAUUAGUAGAGUUGGGCCGACAGGCGGGUUUCCACACGGAGGUGAGCUGGGCACGGCAAUCUUCUCAGAAAGGCGGGCUGGAUGCAAUCUUUCAUCGCUAUACACCGUCUGCCGAAGGCGUUCGACACGAAGGCAGGAGAUUCUUCCGAUUCCCCAGCGACAGUGACGGGUCGACGGUAGGCGAAGCGCUAUCCAAUAGACCGCUACAAGGGCUGCGGAAUCUACAAGUGGAACGACGGGUGCGAAAUGCUUUACAGAUCCAGCUUCCGUCCUACAUGGUUCCUCAAAGGAUCACGGUUCUCGAUCGAAUGCCGACCAAUGCCAAUGGAAAAGUGGACCGGAAACAACUGGCUAGACUGGCUGAGAGGGCUGCAGUCAUACAUACCACAGCCUCUCGUGUUCCUCCGCAGAACGAGGAAGAGCGUGCCCUUUGCGAAGAGUUUUCGAACGUGCUAGGAGUGGAUGUCAAUCCUACCGACGACUUCUUCGCCCUGGGAGGUCAUUCCCUCAUGGCUAUGCGUUUGUUGCCGAGGGUGAGCGAUCGCUUGGGCUGGCAUAUCCUGCUUCGCGAUCUUUAUCAGAAGUCCACUCCGAGGGCCCUGUACACCGCUGCAAGAGAUGACGCCAAUGGCAAGAUCGAAUCCGAAUGGCCUUCGUUCAUGGAGGCACACUCUCGCGGAAGCAAGAGCCGGGCGACGUUGGUUCUGGUUCAUGGCUUCUGGGGCCAAGGACGGAUCUUUGUGGGACUGUUACCAGUCUUGAACGAGCAUCUUGAUGUCAUAAUCUUGCACGAUCCAUUCUUUGGGAAAGCCGAAGGACCACGAUCUCUAGACGAAUGGGCAGACUUCUAUCUCGAAGCUCUCCGAUCGCGGCUCCCCAGAGACAGACAAGUGAUCCUUGGCGGCUACUCGUUCGGCAGCUUCACUGCUCUCAAGAUGGCAUCCCUGUGGAAAGAGAAGUAUGGCGUCGAUCUCCAGUCUUUGAUCCUGCUGGAUCCAGCGGUCUGGGAAGCCGUCAACGUGGACGAGCUGAGUAAGGGAUUUAUCGAUGAGAAAGUGAACUAUGGACUGCGGCUGUUCGGAGGAGAACAGAGGGACUUUGUCAUGAAGCACUUUGAGAAGUUUGGACCGCUGAUGAAUAGCCCGAGGGAGAAGCCGGAAUACGGGGGCAGGGGUCUCCAUAUUGCUUCGAGUGAAGUGGCGCAGCAAGGAGUGCCGAAAUGGUGGGCGGCUAAUUAUCCGAGGCUGGAACAGCGGUGUAUCGACGCCACGCACCAUGGACUCUUCGAGUGGGCCACUGCUGUGAAAGAGGUUGGAAAAGCCAUCAAUGAGCACUGUGAGAGGAUAUGGCAGGGGAUGUAG